AUGGAACCCCGCUGGGCUGGGGGACUGGAAGCAGCCCAGGACCUGCCCCCCACAUGGAGCCGGGCACUGGCCGGCACCUGCAUCGUCGAGAUCCGGUCGGUGCGUGUCGGCGUCGUGGCCAUCAGGGCAGUGCACACCGGCUUCUACCUGGCCAUGAACAAGCAGGGGAGGCUCUACGGGUCGAAGGAGUUCAGCCCCAGCUGCAAGUUCAUGGAGCGCAUCGAGGAGAACGGCUACAACACCUACGCUUCCCUGCGCUGGCGGCACCGCGGCCGCCCCAUGUUCCUCUCGCUCAACAGCCGGGGCCGGCCGUGGCGGGGGGGCAGGACGCGCCGGCACCACCUCUCCACCCACUUCCUGCCCAUCCUCGUCAGCUGA